AUGAAUGAUAAUGGUGAUGAGAAUGGGGCGAUAGAGGCAAGAUGGUCUGCCCCUCCCCAUGCAUAUUGUAAAGUAAAUGUUGAUGCUUCAUGGGAGGGAGGUUCGAAGCUAACGGGGUUGGGUGUGGUGGUUUGGAACUCGAAUGCUAUGUGUUUGGGCAGCAGCUGUAAUACCAGACUGGCAGGGUUGGCUAUUGAGGCGGAGGCUCACGCGGCUUUGAGUGGAGUACAUUUGGCUGCUCAAAUAGGGAUAUCACAUGUGGUUUUUGAAUCUGAUUCAAAGGAGUUGGUCCAGUUUGUCAAAGGCCAUAUUCAGAAGAGUAGAUGGACUAUCUUCCCCAUUCUAAUUGCAAUUCAAAGAGUUUGCAGUGGUUUCAAUUUGUGUUCUUGGAACUGGGUGCACCAUGGUGCAAACAAAGUAGCAGAUGCGGCAGCUUCUUAA